AUGACAUUCCUCACCACCCUCUCCCCGCACCCCUUCGACCCCACCCACCGCUUCACCACCUCCCCGCUCCUCCCGCCGCUCCUCCUCGCCUGCAUCCGCAUCACCAUCUCCGUCUACAUCUUCACCUACCUCCUCUACCGCAUCGCCUACUCCGCCAUCUCCGACGGCAGCCUCAGCACCCGCCAGAGCUUCUCCUACUUCACAAACAUCACCUACUGGAGCCUCGGCUUCUACUUUGGCGUCGCGGGCCUCCACACGCUGCUGUAUGCGCUGCGCGGGCGCCGCGCAAACUGGCUCAAGGGCGGGUGGGCCGUUGCCCAUGCUGUGUGGUGGACUAGUGUUGUGACGUUUCCGUUCUUGGUGACAAUCGUCUACUGGGGCAUCCUCGCCGCCGACGACUCCCCCUUCCGCACGCAAGUCAGCGCCUACAGCAACAUCAGCGCGCACCUUCUCAACAGCGUCUUUGCGCUCUUCGAGAUCCUCCUGACACGUGCGGCCGUACCAUCAUGGACGCAUCUGCCCUUCCUCAUCCUGUUCCUGGCGGGGUAUCUAUGUGUGGCAUACAUCACGCACGCCACGCAGGGCUUCUACACAUACGGCUUUCUGGAUCCCAAGACGGGGAAUGGCAUGGUUGCGGCGUACUGCGUGGGCAUUGCGGUCGCGAUCUGUGUGGUGUGGGCGGUGGUGGCCGGGAUAGUGUGGGUGCGCGUGUGGCUGACGGAGAGGGUGUUGGGGUUGGAGGGGAAGUUUUCGAAGGUGCGGGUGGAGGGGCGCGUGGAGAAGGGGGAGGUUCGUUGA